AUGUCAGACCAUCGAGACUCUAGGCAGAAGGUCAAUUCACAGAACGCACUGAAAUGUCUCAAAUUCGCUCUCCAACCUGCUGCCAUAUUAGCUCUUGCUGGAAUUGGCGAAAAAACGUUGGAAGACCCCUUCGAUCGCCAAGAGAAGGAGGCUCUGUACGCUUUACCACUACUCUUUCCCAUCGAAUCUGGCAGCAUUUCAGAAGGGUCCUACGAGCAUAUAGCAAUCCGUAAUUACAUCAAAGACCUGCGAUCCCAGGUCGAAAAGGAGAGCGAGGCAGCGGGCUUGGGCUUGCUCGAGGAGGAACGGCGGGUGGAUAACCCCGCGCGGUCAAAGAGGCAGGCAAGCAGGGAGCCGGAUGAAGAAAACUCUGACGGAACUGGUAUUGCUGGGCCUCGCAAGCGAGUCAAAGCGACCAGGGUCGGCAGUCAAUUGAGGUCCCGGUCAGAGAAAACAGGGCCGCAGAGUAGUCGCAAAGCGAUCUGGACGGAGCCAAAACCCUCCUGCACCAAGAAAAAGCGGAUCCGACUCCGACUCGUACACAUGGUCGUCCUCCGAAGACGAUCAGGACCAAGCUGCCCGCACUCAAUGAAGACUCAAUGA